CAGAUCAGCCAAUGGCUGACGAGCUCUCAGUAAAUUGGGCAAGGGCUCGUCUCUGUGACUCCUCUGACACUUGGGACACGGACUGCUGGUGGGAUCGAACAGUGUGAAGGAUUAACCUAUCCAGGACACGUCUACGUGCACAGAGAACCCAGAGAGUGGGCGAGCGCUGAGUUUGUGAAGGAUGGAAAGUUUCAGGUCAAUUCUCCUGAAUGUGGGAGCCAAGGACAACUCGUACUCGACCUACAGGAGAGAGAGGCUGGAGGACGAGCAGCAGGCCAUCGGGAUGGAGACCAAGCUGGACGGCGCUGAGCAGGAAGACCCCGUGGGGUACGGCGACUCAGUGGGCCUGGUGUUGCGGAGGUCCCUGAACCAAAAGAGAUGCCUGCUCUACCUGGUGCUGGGAGCCCUCUUCCUCCUCGUCAUCGCCUUUAUAAUUGGCUACGCCAGCUCCCGGAGAUCCUGUAAGGCCUGUGAAGAGGUUGGCCUAGAUAGUACAAGUGCCAUGGUGAGCAGCGAGUGUGACUAUCAGCGAGACACAGACACAGUCACUGACCCGGAUCCUGUCCUGCACUGGGGAGACCUCAUAGCAAUGCUCAAGAAAUAUAUCAAUCAACGGAACAUCAUCGAACACAUCAGGAUGAUGAGUGAAGAAUCACACCCUUCUGGUUCCUCGCGGCUCCAUGAACUCACCACCACCAUUCACAAGAAAUUCAAGAGCUACAACCUUCAUCAUGUCUGGGCAGACUCACACUACGUCUCACUACCAAUUCCAGACAGGUCUGGCCAUUCCCAGGGAACUGGACAAACGCUCCGGGAUUCCUUGACCGCUGCCUGGGACCCACACCGUCCGGACUCGAGGGGGUCUCCACUUGCAGAGAUUCGGAUCGUGCCGAGAGAGAGAGCGCGAGCAGAGGAGCUGUCCGGGGAGGAGAUCGAUUUGAUCGGAAACUCCUUCCUGAUUGAGAAAGCCUCAAUUCAACCACCCAGAGCCCUGGUCCCUGGUCGUGAAGGGGACGGCCGAAGGACGGAAGAGAAUCCAGGGUCCACGUAUCCAGGCCGUGUAUUCUGCAACCGUUGA